UUUUACUUCUGCCCGGCACAAGGAAUUUGUGUUAAAUUGCACUUUGCAAUGGCAGGCGAACCAGAGCCAUCAACUUCCGAAGAGUUUAUGGAGAUAAACCAAGCCUUAAUUACUGUUAAAUGGGGUGGUAAGGAAUAUCUUAUAACCGACCUCACCGAUCAGGAUACCGUGGCUGUGCUGCGUCAUGAAAUCUUCAAACUCACACAGGUGCGACCACAACGGCAAAAACUGAUAAACCUCAAAUAUAAAGGUAAAAUAGCGCCUGAUGACACUAAAAUAUGUGUGCUGGAGUUGAAACCCAACUUCAAGUUAAUGAUGAUUGGUUCUACUGAGGCUGCUAUUGAGAGUGCCUGCCAGCUGCCCGACGAUAUGGCUGAGGUGGUAGACGAUUUUGACGUGGCCGAAGAAGAGAACUUAGUGGAGAAAUCACCCGUUUACUUAGAGAAAGUACGACGACGUGUUAGAGAGUAUAAAAUUGUAGAGAUUUCACCACCACGCGAAGGCAGGCAUUUGCUUGUGCUCGAUAUUGAUUACACACUUUUCGACCAUCGAUCUCCUGCCGAAUCUGCUUCGGAGCUAAUGCGGCCGUACUUACAUGAGUUCCUUGAAUCUGCAUACCAGCAUUAUGACAUAGUUAUUUGGUCGGCGACCGGUAUGCGUUGCAUCGAGGAGAAAAUGAAAAUGUUAGGUGUAAGCAGUAAUCCCAAUUACAAAAUAAUGUUCUAUCUGGAUUCCACUGCCAUGAUUUCGGUUUAUACGCUUGAAAGGGGAGUCGUAGAUGUGAAACCACUCGGUCUAAUAUGGGGCAUUUAUCCACAAUAUAGUUCGAAAAAUACCAUCAUGUUUGACGAUAUACAGCGCAACUUUCUAAUGAAUCCGCGCUCGGGCUUGCGUGUACGACCUUUUCGUCAGGCACAUUUGACCCGUCAGAUGGAUAGAGAGCUGCUAAAGUUAUCAAAGUACCUGAAGGACAUAGCGGAAAGCUGUGACGACUUCAACAAACUAAAUCAUCGUAAAUGGCAACAGUAUGAUCCGAAUAAGUCACAUAAAAAAUGAGACGAUAAGAAACUGAGUGAAUUUUAUAAAUAUUUGCCCGAUAGACGAGUAAUAGAAUUGUAAAUUAUCACUUCUGCAUCGUUAAGAAAAACUUACAGAAUAUUUUUUAAGAUCAAAAAUUGACCACUCAUAAAUUUUUUGGUGCAAAGAUUAGAAGUUAUAAUUUAAAAAAUAAUUCAUAUACUUUGAACUUCUUUUAAACCUUACCGGGCAUGUUUCUGACAGUAAGAGUUUGAAAAUAAAACCGCAAUUACAUGUUAAGGGGUUAGGUGGGUUUCAGAGGUUGAAAAAAAGAAGAUUUUGACUUUUUUUUUUUCGUAUAUAAAAUCAUAUAUUUUAC